GGUGGGGGGAGGGGGCGUGCACAGCGGCGUCGCCUCAGACGGCGGCGCCCAGCUUAGAGCUCCCUCAAACGUUUAACAAAAAAAGUUUAAAUAACACUUCGAUUCAUCGUCGACGGCUCACUUCUAAUCGAUCGAGCCGAUCAAUCGCUUGGUUUAAAGAACAAACCCCCCCCCUCUCCGCCCCAACAAAAAAAAAACGCGCAAUGGUCGUGGUUGAGUCCCAACACUGCGGCCUGGUGCCCCGUGGAGCCUCGGUCUCGCCUGGCUCGGCGGCGGGGCUCGGCUCGCCCUGGGCCGGCCGGAGCUCGAGCUCCGAGGCCGGGGCCGCUUCGUGCUCGGAGGACGAGGCGCUGGGCGGACAGCCUCGGCAGCCCCGCAAGAGGCAGCGGCUCUCGCACCUCUCGGCCGAGGAGAAGCUGCUGCGACGGAAGCUGAAGAAUCGCGUGGCCGCUCAGACGGCACGUGACCGCAAGAAGGCGCGGAUGGGCGAGCUGGAGGAGCACGUGGCCCAGCUGGAGGCACAGAAUGCGAGGCUGCAGCAGGAGAACGAGGAGCUGAGUCACAGGGCCUGUGGACUCCUCACUGAGAACCGGCAGCUGCACAAGCGCCUGGACACUCAGCUGGCACGUGACAACGAUGGUGGUAGUGGUGCUGAUGCUAGUGGUGGUGGUGACGGUGACGGUGAGUGGUACGGGUCCUUUGAGUCGGCAGAACUCAAGCUAAGUGAGCCUCAGCAGAAGGCACAGGCCCAGUUUCCAUGGAGCUUCACCACCACCACCACCACCACAACAACAACAACCACCGCCACAACCGCCGCCACAACAACCGGCAGAGCCACCGUGGUGCCAGCCGGCGUGGCGGUCGUGAUGAUGCUGGCAGUGGCGGUGAUGAGGCUGGCCAUGGCGGUGGUGACCAGUGCCGUGCUCUCUCCGCUGCUGGACCGCUCCGGGCUGAUCCCGAGCGUCCGCUCGGUCCGUCCCGUGCCAUCGUCCCACCGGGCGCCACAACCGGCACCACCACCGCCACAACCGCCCCACCGCCACCGCCACCACCACCACCACCACCACCGCCACACCUCCAUCCCCUACGGCUCGCGCCUGUGGCAGGCAGGGACCCCGUGGCGAGCCGGUGGGUGCGGCUGGACCACCGCUACACUAAGCGUCUAGAGGAGGAGGUGGAGGAGGAGGUGGAGGAAGAGGAGGAGGUGG